CGGAUUAAUUUCUGAUGAUUAUUACAAGAUAUAUACUUUGUGAAAUAUAUUUUUCUAAGAAAUGGACUGCAGUUUUCAUAUUGACUGUGUUGUUCUUUCAAAUACUAUCAAUUUUUCUGUAUCAUAAUUACACAACCAACAAUUCAGUGGAAGAGGAAUUUUUCAGCAGUGAUGUUUUGUUUCACAUGAACAUGUUGAACAUAUGUACGAAGUCGGAACAAAAGUGGCUUCAAUGUGUUGAUCAAUUGAAUGAUUUAAGAAUGACAAAUUAUGUAAAAUUGUCUGGAUUCCAUCCAUCAGUUCGUCUGUUUCACACGCCGUUAAACUACGGACUUCUUGAUAUACAAAUUCCAUUUACAAUAAAUAGUGAGAAUCAUAUGAAUGAUAUUUUGAAUGAACGUUAUGUUUUGUCGGAUAGUAGUGAUGUAAUUCCAAUGUCUGAUGUGAAGUCAAGUGUGAAAAUGAGAAAGCGCAAUGUGCAUCAUCCGAAGUAUUUCAAUGUGAAAGAAGCACUUCAUGCUAUUGAAGUAGGAUUAUCUAAUGACGCGAUGCCGGUUAAUGGAGGACCGAUCAUUGUUUUACAACUACCAACGAGUGCUUGCAGUCCCACCAAACCACCAGAAAGUCUGGAUCUCAUAGUAAUAGUGAAGUCGUGUAUUUAUUGCUUCGACAAGCGAUCGUACGCUCGAGACACCUACAUGAAAUCACACCUGUGGAGAGAUUUCCGAAUUCGAUUUGUUUUCGUUGUUGGACUUCCGACCCCAAAUGAAACGGAUAUGUAUCAUUUCGAUGGAGUCACUGUGAACCUUGGUCGGAACGCUUUUGGACUCUCCAAACUUUACGAGAGCUCACGAUGGAUUGCUGCUAAGAAGCUGAAUGACGAGAGUGGAAAAUUCAAUGACAUGUUGGUCGGUUCAUUUCAUGAUACGUAUUUCAACUUGACGUCCAAGAUGAUAUUGUCAUAUCGAUGGACUGCUACAUUUUGUAAGGGACAAACACCAUUGUAUCUGUUCGUUGAUGACGAUUAUGCACUACUGCCUGAGAACAUGAUUCGACUUGUCAGGCGUCUGAAUGCUUCUGUUUCGAGAUCGACCGUUGGAGGUUUGGUGCAUUUUACGAGUGUAGUGGCAAGACCAUCAAAGGAGAAGUUUGAUUUGAAAUGGUCGGUUUCAGUGAAUGAAUACCCGUGGGAUUACUAUCCACCUUACUUCUAUGGAAUAGGUUAUUUAUUGGGUUCAGAUAUUGUCAGUAAUGCUUCUGUGGCUAUGGCAUUCACACAAAGCAUUCGUAUAGAUGACUCGUUUUUAGGAAUUGUGUUGAGUCGAUUAAACAGGACACUGACUAAUAUGAACGAGUUUUCGUUGGAUGAAUCAAUACCGAAAAAUAAAUCUUGUCUAGUCAUUAUCGAUAUAGAUAUUGCGGAUGAUGUUAUUAAUUGGAAAACUGGGGACAUUAUGAACUAUUAA